CUUGUCGCUCGCAUUUCCACGGCUUUUGCUGCCGUAUAUCGGGCCAGUUAGACGGCACGUGUGUGCACACCGACGACGAAAACAAAGUUGCGUUUUGUGGACGUGUGUGUCGGGCGGUGGACAAGCGAGGUUCUCUGCACUCUGUCCCGAAGAGUCUGCGGUCUUGUUGCGUUUAAUCGGCGCUACGCGACUGCCUAAUUCACGCGCGUCGUGCUGCAUUCUUGCGCCGUUGAGCCGUCCAUUCCUGCAGUUUGUCGCGAUCCAAGUCGGUACACCCAAGUGCAGCCCGAUUGUGGUGAGAUGGCCGCUAUCCUGCCAUCGCGUUUUGCCGUUCUGAAAGUUGAGGGCGAAGAUCCCGAAGACUCCAAGCCCGUAAAGAAACAGCAGCCCGCCAAGACUGGCUCGGCUGGAGAUCGCAACUCCGUGACGGCCAAGCCGAAACCCAAGAAGAAGAAGAAGCCAGCGGAAACCCAGGUCAAAGCAAGGCCUGCUGCUCCUCAGGCAGGCCAACCUGAAGACCAUGGUGAUGACUGGGAGUCUUGGAAAAGGAGAGAUGAUCAGUUCGUCUCUGACGUCUACGAGCAAGAUCUCCAGCAGGCACUGCUUCUCAGUCGGUUGGAUUACGAAGAGAAGAAAGAUUUCUAUGAAGCUCAGCAGAGGGAAGCCACCGUGGCAAACCUGGCUACUCCGGGCAGCCGCGGCAAUGCCACCAAGAACAAGAAGAAACGACCAAAAAAGGACAAAAAGACAACAAUGUCUCUGGAUGAGUUCAACCAGCUGGCCGGAGCUUCGUCACCUGCAGAGCUGGUGUACGAACCAGAGGUCCGAGAUGCUCCUGACACAAGAAACAAUGAGAAGAGACCAUUGUCACCACCAAAGGAGGCUAUCUUUGAGCAGGUUGUAAAGGAUGCCAAAAACAUUCUGUCACGAGAACAAAGGAUGGAAGAACUAAGGAGCAAACAGCCUUUCCUAGCAGAGCAGGCCAUAACAUUGCAGUUCCAGAUGAACUGGAGAGAAGGACCAACAGAUAGCUCACUUAAGAAGCAUAUUGAAGCUCUGACUGCUGAGCUGAAGGUGGUGAAGCUUCGCAACAAGCAGCUGUGCAACAUCUUGGCCCAAGGCGAAAUGCAAGACAAAGCAGAGAUACUGCGGGAUUUUGAAGAAGUGACCCAGGUCAAGGAUGAACUGACUCAGCAGGUUACAGAGCUGCAUGCCGCACUGGAACAAGAACGGUCAAAGGUGCGCUUGCUGCAGCAGGAUCUCAAGAAGGUGAGGCUCCAUUUUCUUGUCAUCAAUGCAAAGUUAAGAAAGCAACUCCUUCUUGGCAUCAGUGAAGCUCGUUGAUGGGCAGAUGUAUCACACGAGGGAAAAGUGGUAGUGGCCAGGUUCUGAAUUCGAGGAAGACUAGAUGCCUAG